AUCCAAAUUUUAAUGUAGGUCAAGGGAAGUAGUUGUGUAAAGUGAAAGUUCCUCAUUAUUAGCCGUACUCAGUUGUAGCUGCAAAGUUCACCUCAGUACCGCAUCUACCUUCAUGACAACACAACAUGUGACCUGUUAUUACGACGUGAAGGGGAAAAUGUGAGCCUCUGAUCGAUGUCAAAUCAGAAUGAGAAGUCCAAAGAUGAAGGAGCUUGAGGAGAUAAACCCAGAAGAGUUUUCAUUUUGUAAAUGAGAUGGUCCCUGUUUCCCAAUUGUAACAUUUUUUUGUUUAUUGAACGUGUGUCCUGCAGCUUUUUUGAAGAAUGAACCGGAUAAGAACGAUAGGAAAACCGCGCUUUUUACUCAUCCUGGCUUUUCUUCAAGUCCUUUUUUUUGUGGUCAUGUACCGCAGAGGUUCAAGUAAAAUCUUUGAGUCGUUUUCCAAAAUAAAUGGGAAAAACUGGGACUAUUCAAAAGUCAAAGACAUUUAUACAAACUUGACCCUUUUUACUCCAGCAUUAACAGAUGAACUGCAAUACUGCCCUCCUAAGUCUCCAUUGCUUGUGGGCCCCCUGAGCAUCACUUUCCAGAACAUUCCCAGUCUAAAGAGGAUACUAAAGAAGAACCCAUAUGUAAAGAGAGGGGGUCUCUACACCCCUCCACACUGCCAGGCACGCUACAAGACUGCCAUUCUCAUACCUCACCGCAACAGGGAGAUGCACCUACGCCACCUACUGUAUUACCUGCACCCCUUUCUACAGCGCCAGCAGCUCCACUACAGGAUUUAUCUCAUCCACCAGGCAGGAAAUGAAACUUUUAACAGAGCAAAGCUUCUCAAUGUCGGUGUACGAGAAUCUCUAAAAGAUGAGGAUUGGGACUGCCUUUUUCUACAUGAUGUGGACCUCAUUCCAGAGAAUGACCAUAAUCUCUAUGUCUGUGAUGAAACGUACCCCAAACACUUCUCUAGUGCAAUGGAUAAAUUCAACUACAGGUUACCCUAUUGGUCUUAUUUUGGCGGUGUGUCGGCUAUGACACCUGAACAGUAUAUGAAGAUAAAUGGGUUUCCAAACAGCUACUGGGGUUGGGGUGGUGAGGACGAUGAUAUUGCCUACAGGGUGAAGUAUGCUGGAUUGAAGAUUGUCAGGGUUCCACUUAAUAUUGGACACUACAAAAUGGUCACUCACAACACGGAUAAAGGAAAUGAAGAAAACCAAAAACGGUUUGACUUGUUGGUGAAGUCACCAAGGAAAUGGAAAGAGGAUGGCAUGAACUCUUUGGAGUACAAGUUAAUUUCAAAAAGGCUGAUGUACCUUUUCACCAACAUUACUGUGGAUGUCGGUGCGGCCCCUAAAGAUAAGAAGACCAAAACUAGAAGCUGAAAAGAAAUGCAAUGCCCUUGUUUAACCAGUACUGGAGGCUGGAGAAGGAAGUGUAUUCUCUCUGCCUGGAGGAAAUAUCUGCAACAUGCGUAUGUCAUAUCAACAUGCACUUUAAAUAGAAAUAGCGCCUUUUAACACAUGUGAAAAGUUCUUGAGUCCCUGUUAAGUAACUGAAGGAAGGUGUGUUUUAUAGAGAUGGGGGUUCAAAACAUCCGGAAUGUAAUUCAUUGUUUAAAGAAGAUAUGACUGAUUGCUCAGGAUUUUUAAAUUGGCAAUUCAGUAAUCAACAGAUGUUUGCAAAAAGUCAGCUAAUCUAGGUGAAUUUCAAUAUUAAAUUGUAACUUUGUACCUGUGCUAAGUAUAGGUUUCAGCAGUGCUAAGCUGACAGUGUUUUGCAUAGUUAACAGACAAAGUGCACAAAUAUCAUUUGCAUCUUUUUAGGUUCAAGGAGUUUUUGUUUGUGUUGCAUAAAGAAACAACACAACUUUUCUCUGCCAGGCUAAAUAGAACAUUACUUCUCCUGCUGUGCCACGGUAAAAAUGGCCACUUUACAUUGUUCUAUUGAAGUUAACAUUACAUUAUAAUGUGAGAAAAUCUUAAAAGAAAACACUUGCAAUGAUAAAGUAAUUUGGGAUUGUGGACAGGAUGCAAAAUAGCAGCUAGAGAGUUUUUCAAUGCUUUGUGUCGUCCAUUUCAGAAACAGCUGCUAAAUCCCAGUCGCUUAUAAAUACAUUUAAAAAAAAUACUAUUGAGAAAGAUCAUUUCUAAAAUGUGAUUUACACAUUUAUAAGCAUUAAGCUAGCUGUCAUCUGUGUUUUCUUACGCAGAAAGAUGAGAAAUAAUGCUUAAGGGAGUUGCAGUUCCCUUUCUGCACCUGUAUGUGAAACCCGACUUGCUGCACCAUUUUGUUUUUCUUUCACUUGGUGUGUCGUCCAGCACCACCACUGCUCAGUGUCUUUGUGCCUUCUGCUGCUGAUGAGAAUGUCACACAAAAAUAUACAUUAAGUGCCUUAGCAAUGGAAAAAAUAGCAAGUGCCACCUAUAAAAAAUUAUAUAUAUAUAUACUGCUGUGCAAAAGUCUUAGACUGUUGCAUUUUUCUACUCUGAUGUAUUAUGAGCAUCAACAAUUUACUCAAAACAGAACUGGCAGAAGGCACAGGUGUCGUUGUCCAUCCAUCAACAGUCCAAAGCACCUUUGACCACUGUCCCAUAGUCCAAAUUCUGUGUCCUUGUGCAUAUUCUAGCCUUUUCGUCUUGUUCCCCUUUCUUAACAGAGGUAUUCUUACUGCAACACAUCCUUGAUUUCAAGUGAUCUUUGUACUGUUGAUAUGAUGGACAACGACAUCUGUGCCUUCUGCAAGUUUUGGUGUCAAUUCAACGCGUGUCUUCUUUCUAUUCCUUAAGGUUAUUAUCUUCAAGUAUUGCUCAUCCUUGUUAGACAGCUUUUUGGGUCUUCCAGUCACGGGAUUGUCAAUUACAGAUGAUGUUUCUCUGUACUUGUUGAUUAUGCUUCAGAUACCACACCUUGAAAAUCGAGUGAUGCAAGCUAUUUCACUCAAUGUAGAAAACACUAGUGGAGGCUUUGAGUAAAUUGUUGAUGCUCAUAAUGCAUCAGAGUAGAAAAAUGCAACAUGUUUAAGACUUUUGCACAGCAGUGUGUGUGUGUAUGUAUGUGUGUGUGUAUAUAUAUAUAUAUAUAUAUAUAUAUAUAUAUAUAUAUAUAUAUAUAUAUAUAAAAUAAUACAUUGUAUCUCAAAUAACAUACUAAAAUAAAAGAUGGGACUCAAAGGGGUGAAAUUGAACAACCAAGCUGUUUACACCAAAAGAGCUAUCAAACCGGCCCAGUUUUCUGGCCAGAACCUCAUCUUAUUUCAUCGUUUAUUCAGCUAAGAAUCGUAACAUUUUAUUUGGUCAUUACUUGUAUAGACUCUUAACAUGGGCAGUAUCCUACUAUAAAGGAGUUUACAGUACUUACCAGGACUUGUUAGUAUGAGAUAACAUUUUACAUGUAGUCUCUAUAUAUGUAUUGUUGUUUAAAAUUUUUAAUCUUAUUUAUUUGUUACCGUAUGUUCAAAAUGAAACUUGAAAUUUGCCGAAUUGUAAGCUGUAUAGAUGUUUUUCAUGCACGUGGGGUUUAGUUGUUACACUGGCACUGUCUCUUACAUUAUAUUGUGUGCUUGCUUCAGUUGGAAAGAGAGCUCACAUUGUAUCUUGGUGGUUUUAAUAACUUUAAAGGAGUGUAUGUACUUACAGGGGUUAGACAAAAUGAUCAUUUUGUUAUGCAAGUAGCAUUCUUAACAUUUUGUGAUAUAUAUAAAAGCUACAUCUUUGGUUUCAGUCACAGUGGACAAGUGAAUACGUUGCUGCCUUAUCCACAAUGCACAAAUGAAUCAUUCAGGGAUGGUAAAAUAUUCCUUCAGCACAGUAUGUUGAAUAUGUGUCAUAUCAAUUUGAUGGCCUGUGUUUCUAAUUUAUUGUCACACCUCUGUAUAAGGACCAUUAUCAUGUGUAGCAGUACAUACAAGUUUAUAAAUUGUUUGUUUUUAUUACACUUUUGUAGAUUUUUCUGUGUGAAGAUUUUUCUUGUUGAAUUUUCUGUGUUUAUGAUGCAUACACUAUUUGCAGUUACUGUGUGUUUUAAAAACCCAAUAACAUUGACUCCAUUGUUUAGGGACCAAAAACUGUAUUGGCAAAAAAAAAUUGCUAACACGUCAAACUAGAACCAGUAGGGCAUAAGAAGAGUAUAUUCUGUUUUCAAAACUACAAUUUCUCAUUCCUAAUCAAAGACUUGAUGCUAAAAAUGGUGUCUAUUUUUAUAUAACAGAAUACAAUAAAACUCAUUACUAACGAAUCUACGAUACAAUAGAAGGAAGCAACAACUUUAUUCUUAAAAGUGUCAUUACAGCUGUUAGAUAAAGGAAACAAGUUAAGAAUCAUUAGUGAUCUUUUGAGAAAUUAAUGGACCAGACAUGUUUUAAAAAGUUAUUUUUUUCAUGUUUGUAAAAAUGCUGUAUGAGGUUAGGAAAUUGCUGGGGAAAAUGUUCUGUGUCAAACAUUAAACGCAAGCUUUACCUUAAUAUUUUGUUUUAGUUUGUCACAAAAAUGUAUUAUAAAAAAAAAACUGAAGUGUACUGGUGGUGAAUGCACUAGGGCUGUUACAUUUCUUGAAUGUUAAAAGAAUACAUUUUCUGUAAGCAAUCAGAAAACCCAUCAUAAGAAGCUGUCUAUAAUGUAUUGCUGUUACUUUUUCAGGAAUGACACAAUUGCUAUGUAUAAUACCAUGUAUGGUAAAGGCUUAAUUAUUAAAGAAUAAAUAUUGAAUGUAAAAAUGUUCAA